CGGGGAGGGGCCGCGGGGCUGGGGACGCGUCCGUUCGCCGGGAGUGGGUGUGAGCGGAGUCGACCCGGGUCCCCGGCGGUCGGGGUGACCGAGGAGGGUGGCCCACGGGCCGGCGCCAUGAGGUUAAAUGAGAACGUCUUGCUGCUGGGGAAGAAGGUGGUGCUGGUACCCUACACCUCAGAGCACGUGCCUAGGUACCACGAGUGGAUGAAAUCAGAGGAGCUGCAGCGUCUGACAGCCUCUGAACCGCUGACCCUGGAGCAAGAGUAUUCGAUGCAGCAGAGCUGGCUGGAAGAUGCAGACAAGUGUACAUUCAUUGUGCUGGAUGCAGAGAAGUGGCAGGCCCAGCCAAGCACCACGGAAGAGAGCUGCAUGGCGGGAGAUGUAAACCUCUUUCUCACAAAUGUAGGGGACCCCUCCUUGGGGGAGAUUGAGGUCAUGAUUGCAGAGCCCAGCUGCAGAGGCAAAGGCUUUGGCACCGAGUCUGUUCUCAUGAUGAUGUCUUAUGGGGUGACCAAACUAGGUCUGACCAAGUUUGAGGCUAAAAUUGGGCAAGGAAAUGAGCCAAGUAUCCGGAUGUUUCAGAAACUUCACUUUGAGCAGGUGGCGGUGAGCAGCGUCUUCCAAGAGGUGACACUUAGGCUGACAGUGAAUGAACAUGAGCGGCAGUGGCUUCUGGAGCAGACCAGCCAUGUAGAAGAAAAGUGCUAUAGAGAUGGGUCGUCGGAGUCCCAUUGACAGCCAGCUGGCCUUUCGGGCAGGGCAGCCACCUUCUGUGAAGUGGAGUGUUGGAACCACGCAAUCCAAAACACCAGAGCCCUGUAACAGAAACUGAACUAUUGGGGCAUUUGAGGCAUAAUGCCCCUAGCCCCUCUCUAGCCUGGGAAUCUCCUUUAGGGGCCCUUCAGACUCUGGGCCAGACUUGCCUUGGCCUUCCUCAGGCUGGCAGUGUGGAUAAGUGACUCCAGGUCCAGGCUGUCCUCCUGACCAGACCUGGAUUCUUGGAACCUGGAGCGGAUAGCACGAAUCCACAGAGGGCAGGGUGGGUGGAGGUGGGAGCAGAGGCGAGUGGGCCUGGUGCAUGGAAGGCCAGAGGGGGUAGAGUCCCUGGGGUAGAGGCCUGCCUAAGAGUAAAGUAUACUGCACAGCACCUUUCCUGGCUAUUCCUUAGGCCUAUUUGCAGGUGAGCCACCAGAAGGCCCAGCCUACAGCAUCCAGUCCAGGGCAGGAGGAGCUCAGUCUGCUUUUGGCCUGCAGAAGCAGGCGGAGUGUGACCCCCAAGAAGUUUGGAAAUGAACGAGCAAGGCUCUGAAUGACAGGUGGCUUGGAAAGUGGACAAGUAUCCUUGUGCUUGCUCCUUUUCUCCUCUCUGGACCCAGGAGUUUUGGAUGCAGCUCCUUGUGACUGGAGCCUCUGCUCAGUUGCAAGGGCUGCAGGAGGAAGCAGAAGCCACUCAGCGGUAUCUUCCUGAAGGGACCUGCCCCCUCCUGCUCUGCUCACUUCUUGGGUCUCUGGGAGCCGUGGCACCUGACGGCCACAAGAUGGCGUUGGAGGCACAGCCUCAGGAUGUCUCCAGGGCCUGACAGCUGGUGCUUCAGAGGCAGAGCUGGAGCGGGAAGGGGGGGGAGACGCUCCUCUGUUCCCAGGUGCCCUGUCCUAAUCUGGGGUGGCCCUUGAGAGGCCGGACAGGUUUCAGGGCAGGUCGUGGAAGAGACCCUCAAAGGCAGUUGGUAUUCUCAAGGGGAGGAAACCUUGAUGUGAGUUGCUGUGCCUGGCUCAAGGUAGCAGAGCCAGAACUGUUGCUGGCCCCCCCAGCCCCCCACCCCUCCCCAGUCCUGGCAUAUUCCAACACUACUAUGAAGGUAAAAAACUGGAAUCUACCUUUGCUUGCAGUAUACCAAAGGGUUUGUAGUGUGUCUGGCCCCUCAGCGAUCAAGGAGUUUCAACCUUGAGCUUCAUCAGAGGCCCCACCCAACAGGUGAGGUAAGGAGGGAUCUCCCCCCACCCCACUGCCUUGUGGAGUCCUCUCCAGGCCUUGCUUACAGGUGAGAGGUCACAAGGUAGAGGCAAGGUUGCGAGCAGGCGGGCCAAGCCCAAGGUGCUGUGGCAGGGUUUUGAAUAGUAUAAAGUUGGUCAGAAUCCAAGCUCCAACAAGAGGCCAAGAUGGCCAGACAGUGACCCACCCCUCUUAACCCUAGAGGCCCCCCGGGUCCUCUGUGAUGAGUGCUUUCCGUUAGAAUCCACUUCCCAUCCUUCUCUCCAAGCACCUCUGGGCCUGGCAGCCUCAGCCCUUGUGGGCCACCCUGGCGGCUCCCAGGGUGUGGCCUCAGGUGCCAGAGGUGGAAGAGACCUGGAUCUUUUGAGGAGGCGUAGGGUAUUUUGCCCUUGGAAAGUCCGCUCCGCCCCACCUGCCCCAGAGCAUGUCCAGGGCCAGAUAAGAUAAUCUGGUGCUAGCGCAGGCAACUCCUGGGAAGCCUGCACCCCACUGGCUGUGAGGGGUUAGAUGAAAGCCCAGUCUUUGCAUUGAAUGAGGCUCGAUCCAGGAUUCACCAUUUCAGUGCUCCAGAAUUAGAAACUACAUAAAGACCUCUGAGCAUGUGGAUCUUCCCUCUUACUUCCUACAAUAAAGGUUUCUCUGGGGCA